GGGCGGAGGGCGGAGGCGCUCGGAGGCGACGGAGCAGGCGGCCGGCGGGAGGAUGGCGGCGAUGCUGGGGCGGCGGCGGCGCGCGGCCGCGGCGCUGCUGCGGGCUUUGAAGUUUACAAGCCGUGACUAUGCAUCACAACGUACUUUAAAUGAAGUGGUGAUAGCAAGUGCUGCAAGGACACCAAUUGGAUCUUUCCAAGGAUCCCUUUCAUCAUUGCCAGCCACUAAACUUGGCUCCAUUGCAAUUAAAGGAGCAAUUGACAGAGCAGGUAUCCCCACAGAAGAAGUGAAAGAAGUGUAUAUGGGUAAUGUCUUGCAGGCUGGAGAAGGACAAGCUCCAACAAGACAAGCAGUACUGGGUGCAGGUCUACCAAUCUGUACUCCUACUACAACUGUCAAUAAAGUCUGUGCUUCAGGAAUGAAAUCUAUCAUGAUGGCAGCCCAAAGCUUAAUGUGUGGGAGUCAGGAUGUAAUGGUUGCUGGUGGAAUGGAGAGCAUGUCUAAUGUUCCCUAUACAAUGAGCAGAGGAACAACACCUUAUGGAGGAGUAAAAUUGGAAGAUCUGAUAGUAAAAGAUGGGCUUACAGAUGUUUAUAACCAUAUCCAUAUGGGCAACUGUGCUGAGAAUACUGCUAAGAAGCUUACCAUCUCACGAGAGGAACAAGACACUUACGCCAUAGGCUCUUACACUAAGAGCAAAACAGCCUGGGAACUGGGAAUACUGAAAAAUGAAAUAGUGCCUGUUACUGUUUCACAAAAAGGAAGGCCAGAUACAGAAGUGAAAGAAGAUGAAGAAUACAAACGCGUUGAUUUUAGUAAAGUUCCAAAGCUCAAGGCUGUUUUCCAAAAAGAAAAUGGAACAGUUACAGCUGCUAAUGCCAGUACACUGAAUGAUGGAGCAGCUGCUGUGGUUUUGAUGACUACAGAGGCAGCCAAGAGACUGAAAGUUAAACCAUUAGCACGAAUAGUAGCUUUUGCAGAUGCUGCUGUUGACCCUAUUGACUUUCCAAUUGCACCUGCAUAUGCUGUUCCCAAGAUUCUAAGUGAGGUAGGACUGAAAAAAGAAGAUAUCGCAAUGUGGGAAAUCAAUGAAGCAUUCAGUGUAGUGGUGCUGGCCAAUAUUAAAAUGCUGGGUAUCGAUCCACAAAAAGUGAAUGUUAAUGGAGGUGCUGUCUCUCUUGGACAUCCAAUAGGAAUGUCUGGAGCAAGAAUUGUUGUCCACAUGGCCUACGCAUUGAAACAAGGACAAUAUGGUCUUGCAGGAAUUUGCAAUGGAGGAGGAGGUGCUUCUGCAAUAUUGAUACAAAAGUUAUAAGCCCAACCAACUGCUGGAAACACAGCAGAAACCUCUUUGAUCAGAAUGAUGAAUGGUAUCUGUUACAUCUUAUUUAUGAAUAAGUGGAGAAAUUCUUUAACUGCUACUCUUCUAAAACUUCAAAAAAACUUUAAAACUUUAAACCAUCAUUGGGUAUUGAUAUGGGCAACUGGGCUUUUAUUACUUUGACUCAAUGUGUUUUUAUACAGUACAAAUGAAGAAUGUCAAAUUAUGGUAAUAUCAACUCUCAAGACAAUAAAGAAUGUUUCUCUAUGCUAA